GCUGUGAUUUGCUUUUAUACGUUUUUAUACUUUCCAUUCGUAAUUACAAAUAAUAAUUUUAUUAAGAUAUGAAUCAGAUCGUUGCUUAGUUAUCAAUAUUCACAUUACUUGGUUGUGGUGAUUCAUUUCUGUAGUAGGUUCAAUAUUAUAGCCAGUUAAGUAAGUAACCAAGAAAGUGAUAAAAAUACUUCCUGUUUACUUUAUUCCUAUUGACAUUUUAAUCUCACUAUGUCAUCAAAUAUGAGAUAAAGUCGAUAUUAGAGUAACUUCUCACAGUAAAUUAACUACGAUGGGAAACAUUCAAACAAAUGAAAAACAACCUAAAACUGGAAAGUCUCCAGCGAAAGGAAAACAUUUCAUCAGGAACUUAAAUCGGAAAUCAUCAGGUCGUGAGAGUAAAAAAUAUGGAAAGAAAAAAAAUGAAACAAAACGAGAUGUUAUCGACAGAGACUCUGAUAAAAUGCCAGAUUCCGAUAACAAUGAAACGAUAGAAGCAUCCGAUAACGAUACGGUCGAGUGCUUAUUUCAAACAUUACGGCGAGAUGGUGAGGGCACAGAGUCGGGUAGCGUGCAGUCAGAGGUAACGGUGAGCAGGUGCGGGCUGCGCGCGGAACCGCGGUCAGCGACCCGCGACCAGCCGAACGCCGCGGCCGCCACCGCAACACCGGCAGCCGUCUCCCCGGCGAACGACUCUACCUCCGAGUCAGUGUUCACAGACCCGCUCACGCCGCUCGCCGUCGAGCUCAACCAGUGUUAUUACUCCGCUGAGAGUGACAGUGCGCACGACGAACCCCUGCGUACUCUCACACCAUCCCUAGUAGAUGUACCGGAGCAAAUCGCGCGCUCGCCCAUUACCUCGUCGCGUACCAUAAAUAUGCCGCACGACGACGCUACCUCUUUGCUAUCAACUGACGAUAUGCCCAAAGAAGAAAAAAAUGACGUUUUCGAUGACAACAAUGAUAGAGACGAUGAAAAGGUCAUGGGUGCGUUUUUUAUUAGACCCCGCUCUGAGCAUUUGGAACGCACCACACACGAAUGCAAUCAUGAUUUCCGCGAGAACCGGUUAAAGCCUUGUCCAGGACAAAGUUCGUUUACAAUCUCCAAACAUCGGAAAGUUGAACUGGCUCCAGUCGCCUGUGACCCGAAUCUCACAAUAUUGGAAAAUGAAAAAGAUCGAAGACAUUCUAGCGUAAGCGACACUCCCAUAUCAGAAUCAAACGUUCUAAGGAAAGUGGCUUCUCUCACACUUGACAAACUCACAGAGUCCAAAGUGGUACGACCAAAGUUUGUACCGGAAAAACUCGAUUUUCAAUUACAUGAAAAGUUUGAAGGUCAAAUGCUACUCAACUGGUUUGUGUCAUCGAUUGCUGACAAUAAUAAUUUGAAAAGCGUAUUGAACACUCAAGAUCUGAGAAACCUUGGAAUCCAAAACUUCACCCAUCUUUUAGCAGCUGGAGUUUUGCGACAGAUAUCUGAUAAAGAUGCUCCUAAGGAGAAUAUAUUUAAGCCAAAUUUGAUGUACUAUUGGGCACACAUGGAGGCUCCAGCACCACAACCAUUAACACCAGGACGAUUACACCUGACUGCAUGGCCACCAGAUAGAGAUCCUCAUACAGCCCAAGAAAACAUUACAAAUUACUGUAGUUUGGAGAACAACAAAAUUCUUAAUCAAAAUAACAAUGAUGAAAUAAAGGAUAUUAGUGAAGCAAAAACUGUUAUAUCUCAAUUAAGAAGAAAACUUUUAGAGUUAGAAUAUCAAUUAGAAAAGUUCAAAAUAAGUGCUCAAAUUGAUACUCUUAAUAAAAAUUUGGAAAAGGGCUUUGACACUCAACACCAAUUGUUAAAUAAAAAGAAGAUUGAGUUAGUGUGUAAAGAAGUACAAACAUCUAAUGCCAGUGAUGUAUAUAAGUUAUCUGAUAAACCUGUGAUAAAUAUACCUGAAAAUGACCCACAUAUAAGAACAAAUGUAAAUAUUGAGAAUAAUUUAAGUUUAGAUAGUUUAGAAAAACACAUUGAGAAAAUACCUGAAAAUAGAUCUGAAAAAAUUGAAAAUUAUUGUAAAUUAAAUAAAAGUAGAGAGUAUAAUAAGAGUUUUCGAAAAGAUGAAAAUAGUGAAAAUAUAGACAAUACUAAUAUGAGUAACAAAAAUUUAAUUUCUAUAACAAAAGAUUCAAGUCACACCAAUCUCAGUGCUCCACAUGAUAACUCCUCUGAUGCCUCAUUUCCGAGUACUUGCCCUUCAAACGAAUUACUGAGUAGUCAAACUGAAAUAAUUUCAGAUUUAAAUAAUGAUAAUAUUUCUUUGACAAAUGUUACAAACUCAAUAAACAUUCCUGUAGAUGGUUUGUGUACAAAUAUAGAAGCUAAUAAAAUACAACACGACCAUAUUGAUACUUGUCAAUCUUCACUAUCAGAACAAUCAAAAAAAGAUCUUUUAACGCAUAGCAAGCUUAUAACAAAUGAAUCAGAACUUUAUAGUUCUAAGAAAUUUAAACUAGCAACUUCAAAUGAUUCAAAUGAAACAUCAACAUGCUCAUCAAUAUUGAACACCCUAAUUUCUGGGCAAGAUUCUUCCCCCAGUGCUAACCAACAUCAAUCAGACCUUCCUCCUCCAUCACCAGGGGUGGCUCCGUCGCCACCACCAACACCAGGAACAUGUCCAAUUUUAUCAACAUCUGAAGAAGUAUCUGUAAUGAAAGAACAUCAACAUCAAUCAACUGAAAUUUCAGAAAUAGUACAAACUCAACUUUCUGUAUCACCAUCAAUAUCUACUAUAGUACCUCACUUGCCGCAGAUCUCUGAUAUGGGACCAUCACUUACGUCAAGCUCAGUGGUAGAAUCUCCACCUACAUCCAUACAAAAUAUAGGUUCUGCAAGUCCUUCACCACCACUAAUGCCUAACAUGGGACCUCCACCACCCCCAAUGCCAGACACAGGUCCUCCACCACCAUCAAUGUCUAGUAUGGAGCCUCCAACGCCACCGGUGCCUGGUAUGGAACCUCCGCCACCACCAAUGCCCGGCAUGGGACCUCCGCCACCACCAAUGCCCAGCAUGGGACCUCCGCCACCACCAAUGCCCGGCAUGGGACCUCCGCCACCACCAAUGCCCGGCAUGGGACCUCCACCACCACCAAUGCCUGGCAUGGGACCUCUGCCACCACCAAUGCCCGGCAUGGGACCUCCGCCACCACCAAUGCCCGGCAUGGGUCCUCCGCCACCACCAAUGCCCGGUAUGGGACCUCCGCCACCACCAAUGCCAGGUUCAAGUCCACUUCCUCCACCAAUGCCAGGAUCAGGCCCGCCUCCCCCACCAAACAUGCCAGGACUUGGGCCUCCAUCACCUGGCCCACCGCCACCACCUAACUUAGGGCCAGUUCCAUUUCCAGCUCCUCCUGUUGGUGGAUGGAGUAUGCAACGAGCCACAUUGAGAAAAAUUCCUGUUAAACCUGCUGCACCCAUGAAGCCUUUAUACUGGACACGAAUAUUAGCUCCUCCACCACCAACAACAUAUCAAGAAGAGGACUCAAAUGGUAUCAAACCUCUUUGGCUGGAAAUUGAAGAAACGAAACUAGAAAAUAUUGAUGAAUUUACAGAUUUAUUCUCACGACAAGUAGUGAAAGCUCCAGUUAAAAAGAAAGUCGAAGUGAAGACAAAAAUUCUUCCUAUAAAAAUAUUAGAUAGCAAAAGAUCACAAAAUGUCGGUAUCCUUGCUCAAAGUUUACAUGUCGAAUUCUCGGAAAUUGAAAACGCUAUAUACAAUUUCGAUACAUCUGUAGUUAGUUUAGAGGCAUUACAACAAAUUUAUGAAUUGCGUGCAAGUGACGAAGAGCUAUCCCUUAUAAAAGAACAUUUAAAAAACAAGCCGGAUGUUCCUUUAGAUAAACCUGAAGCAUUUUUACAUGAUUUGUCAGGAAUACCGAAUUUUGCAGAGCGCAUUUCAUGUUUUAUGUUUCAAGCGGAAUUUGAAGAUGCAAUAAGCACAACUAUGCACAAACUAGAUAAUUUGAAACACACUUGCGAGUUCCUAAUGACGAGUGAAUCUCUUAAGAAAUUGUUUGCUAUAAUUUUAACUCUUGGCAAUUAUAUGAAUGGAGGUAACGGUCAAAGGGGUCAAGCUGAUGGUUUUGGCUUAGAAAUAUUAUCUAAAUUGAAAGACGUCAAGUCGAAACAAUCAAACGUGACACUGCUGCACUUUAUUGUACGUACGUACAUGAAGGUGAGGAGUGCAGGAGGGGCGGCUGGCGAGUGGUCGUUGCCAGUGCCGGAGCCGGGUGACGUGGCUCGCGCGGCCGCGCUCGACUUCGCUGACGUCGCCGCACACCUCAUCACGCUCACGCAACAACUUACCGCGUGCAAGAAAAAAAUGAAAAAAGUUAUAGAAAAUGAUGGUCAAUCUCAAAUGUUUGAGGAAUCUGCAAAGAGGCUCGAAGUAUUCAGAGAAAAAAUGACUUCGUUUAUGAACUCUGCUGAAGAAAAAUUGAAAGCUGAAAAUGAAAACUUAGACGAUUGUCGUAAUAAAUUUAUAGCUACUGUAAAAUUUUACCAAUACACUCCAAAGUGUGGAAAAUUAGAAGAUUGUGAACCGAAAGAGUUUUUUUCAAUGUGGACAUCGUUUUGUAGUGAUUUUAAAGAUAUUUAUAAAAAAGAAGAACAAAUAGCCAUAAAGGAAAAAUUAAAAGAAGCUAAAAAACUUCAGGAAGAACGGAAGGCUCUAACGCAACCCAAGAAAGAGGGAGGUUUGAAGGCCCGCCUACAAAAAUUAUCAACUAAUAAAAAAUGAAGUAGAAAGAGUUCAUUAUAUAUCUUGAAGAGGGAGCAAUGCCAAAUUUAAACACACAAGUUUUAACGAUACCUUUAUAUCCACAUUGUUCUAUGUUAAUUUAGUCUGCUUCAAAAUCUCUUGCUCACUCGCUUUCUUACACAGAAGCAAUGUUAUUUUAUGACCAAAAACAUUCCAAUCUCGCAUUUUAUUCUAAGCUCAAUAUAAACGCUACAAUCUAUUGCCAUCGAAUUUUAAAGUUUCCUUAAUACAUUCUAAUGUAAAAUUUGUAGAACUGUUAAGCAUUAAUGGAAACUGAAUUACGGCUUACUAAUAUUGUGUAUUUAAUGUACUUGCAAUAGAAACAAACAACAGGUAUUUAUCAUACCGUUACAAAUUUCAUUAUUUAUAAAAUUGUUUUAAAUUUUUCAUAUCUCAAAUGCCUAAUACAUAGGUACUAAUUAUUAACAAUAAGUUCCAGUUCCAAAACUCGGAUCUUACGUAUUUUUCAAUCAUUACAUUAAAAUAUAUAUAUUGAAAAAAUAUGUUUAACACGAAAAUUCCUGGUUCCAAAAUUAAUUUUGAACUCUUGUGUAUUUUUAAUGUGUUUUGCUUAAACACCACAUUCAUACAAAAAUUAUUUUUUUUAUGGCAAACAAGAAUUAAAUUUUUAAGAAAAAGCGCAAAUAGUACAAUUUAUAAAAAUGAUAACGUUAAGCAUCAAUCUAAUACUUUAUCAUUUAUAUAUGCCAUAUGAUAUAUAUAUGCCAUUCAAUAUGAAAUUCUCUAGUAUGUCUCAAAUGUUAAAAAAUAUUCUAUUUGCUAUUGUCAAAAUAAUCUAAUUACAAUAAAUUGAUUCUGCAAAGAUAUCAAACUUAAUAAAAGUUAAAAUCAAACUCCAUGAUUCAUUACCACGGUGUAGUUUUCUUUUAUUUAAAAAUAUUUCUAUAGAAAUAUCUAUAUACCUAUGAAUAUUAAAAAAACAUCAGAUUCUAAAUUAUAUAAGUUAUUCUUUUUUAUACUGCGGUAUUUUGAUAUAUUUUUAUUUCCUAAUUUGAUUAGCAUUGAUAUGACUAAUUAGAAGGAAAACUGAAGUCAAAUGGGCUAGUGGUAAUAAAUCUUAUAUAGUCCUACUUAUCUAUUGUUAUAUCCUUCUUGAUAUUUUUUUAUAAUUCAUGUAUCGACCUUUUCAACCCUAGAGGCAAAUAAUUACUUUAUGAGAAUAUUGUACCUGACCUAUGCAUUUGCUAUACAUAUGUACUUAAAGCUUAUUAAUUGCCUGCCAGUCAUCAUGAAUUUGUAUCUAACAAAAUGGUGCUGUAAGUUAUAUUGUAUAUAAUUAAUGUUAUAUAAAUAAAAUAAUAAAUGACAAAUACUUUUAUUAAACAUA